AAGAUGAAGAUAUUGAAAAAAUCAAACAGACAUUAUCAGAAGAACAAAGAAAGAUAAUUGAUAUUGUAAUGACUAAAAAAAAAUCUAUAUUUUUUACAGGUGCCGGUGGAUGUGGAAAGAGUUAUACUCUGAAUUUUCUUAUUAAAUUGUUGUAUAAAGAAUAUGGAAUGAGUAAAAUUGGCGUAACUUCAUCAACUGGUUUAUCUGCGUUAAAUAUAAAUGGUAUGACAUUACACAAAUUUGCAAGUAUCGGAAUAAUGGAUAAACCAUUUAAUGAGAUUAUUGAUAAUAUAAAAGAUAAACAAUACAUUUAUAAUAGAUGGUUGAAUACAGAGAUAUUAAUUAUUGAUGAGAUAUCAAUGAUUAAUGCGGAGACAUUUGAUUUUAUUGAUAAAGUAGCACAUGAGAUUCGUGAAGAAGAUGAACCAUUCGGUGGAAUACAACUUGUAAUAUCUGGUGAUUUUUUACAACUUCCACCU